AUCCCUAGCAGUAGUAGUACUCAAGGCAAUCAAGAGGUUCCCUUCCUGUUUUUUGGUUUCUCUCUUGGUGAUAUUUCCGUCAGUGGUGCAAUGGAGCCUUAUGCAGAUGCAUGUUGUAUCUUGAAAGUGAAUGUCAAUUGUGAGGCGUGUAAGAUGAAGGUGGUCGAAGUGCUGAGUUCUGUUAUUGGAGUGUAUUCAGUAGACUUGGAUGCACAAGAAGGGCUGGCUAAAGUGUACGGGGAGGUGGAUCCAAACAUGCUUCUCAAGGCAUUAGCCAGAACUGGGAAGCAUGCGGAGCUGGCAUGGGUGAAGCUGAAGCAUCCGGUGAUGAACCCGCGCGGUGAUGACUAUCAUAAUUACAGCAACUAUGGCUACAGGAAUUACGAUGAACCCCACAGCUAUAGCAGGUACAGAAGCCCGGGAUGGCAACAGCAGUUCUACCCACCAAGGAGGUCGACAAUGGCAGAUCACCAGAAUCCUUAUAAUUAUUACAAUCACUACCAUCAAGGUUAUGGAUCGUCGUACCGCCCACAUACGUACCCCUAUGAUGAUUAUACCGCCAAUAACUGCACCAUCAUGUGAUCUGACUUGAUCAUUAUUACCAAAGCUUACUUUGGGUUCCCAAGUGUGAUACUGUGUGGCGAUUAUUUUCUUGAAUUUCUUUAGUUUUGGUUUGAUGACAGACUUGAAAAUACAAUGCUAAUGCUAAGGACCCUAAAGUUUUAUUUGGUAAUGUAUUGCUUGACAUUAUGGGAUCUUAUAAUGUCAUCAAGGUGAUUACACUCAAUCGAUUAUGGGAUCUUUAAUUUUCCAGUGCGUUUCUGAAA